AUGAUUCAAUUAUCUAAAUUAACUGCAACAUCUCUCCCUCCUUUUACCCUCCAACGAGAAAAUUUAAAAUUGAGUGAGUAGUGAGAGAGAGAGAGAGAGAGAGGAAAAUCGAGAGGGGACAGGCAAUUAGAUAGAGAUAAGGAAUUCUCCACAAUUUACAGAGAAGAGGUUAAAUAAAAGAUAAAGACUAGAGAGAGAUGAAAGAUGAAGCCCUGGGGGGAAACCCUAGGGCAAGGAAUUCCCAUAUCGUAUCAAUCUUAAUCAGUUUUUGUCAAUUGCAGCAAUGGCAGAGAGCACAGGUUUACAGGAUAGCAUAUUUCCAAAAGAUUUCUUGGAUGGUUCUGUUGGUUAUUUGAAUCGCAGCACAACAGUGGCUCUGGAUAGCAGUGAAAGCAGAAGAAUUCAUGCUCCAGGAUGGAGCAAACAAGAGUCAAGUGGCAUGAAUGCUCCUGAUAAUGGAAUAGAAGCCCAGCCUUUUUUCCGACCGCUUCAGUUGGGCUGUCUUGAUAAUGGGGAGGACUUCAAUGGGGGAUUCUCCAUGGGAAGGUCUGACUUUGUUGUAAAGAUGAAUCAAGAAGUCAACUUACUGACAUCAAAUGGCAGUGGAAUUCCUAAUGGGUAUUUGAAUGCUUUUCAGCAUCUCAGUUCAUCAGAAGUGAGGCCACAAAUUGGUCAACAAGAUCGACAACAAAUGGGCAGGUUAUCACAUGUUCUAAAUGCUAGUGGCUUCUCCAAUUAUGAAAAUUUAUAUAAAUCAACUGUGCCUUCAAACUGUACAAGGGGGAGCAUGAUGAAUUCAAAGAGGGAAGCGUCGUAUUCAAGAUUUAGACUUGUCUCUGAGGAGCAAACCAAUCAACAAGCUUCUCAGUUUCCAUUUGAAGGUAGGCAUUCAGGUUCAGGGGUUUUCAAGGAACCAUCGUGUAUGAAUUUGAACUCAUCAAAUUCACAGCUCCUUCAACAUCAGACUCAUCUGAAGGAUCAAAGUCUAAAAUGGUUUAAAAUUGAUGUUCCAAGCCAGAAUCCAAGGGCUUCAAACUCCUCUGGGCCUGAAUUGCCUGAAUCAGGGGAAAAAUUGUGCCAUGGAGCUUUCCAGAAUCAGUUUCCCCAACAGCAUUUGAUUUCUCAGAGCCCAUCUAGCUAUCAGCAAAACCAUUUUGAAAAUGAUCCCAGUAAUGCGUGUCACUCAAUGGAUCACCAGUUUAUGCCAAAUGAAAGACAAACAUUGCUGUCACAGAAUAAAAUAAGUCUACAUCCUGCAAACCAUCUCUGUGUUUCAACUGCUGAAUUGCAGAGAGGAGCACCAAAGCAGGGAGUAUUGGAGAUGCAUAUGAACGGUAUAUGCAUGGGCACCUAUCAGUCACAAUCUGCAGUGAUGACGCAGCAUGGCAGUGAAGAUGUUUCUAAAAAAUCUGUUCCUUCGAAUGGGGGACCUCUGAAUGUGCAAUUUACUGGUUCAAUGAAAUGCCACCUGUCAAAAGCUUCUUCUUCUCGGACCCACGCCCUCGAAAAGUGCGAUAAUGAAGAAUGGAAAUGCGUAAAUGUUGAAUGGCUGGUUUUCUUGCACCAUGGCAACAAAUGCUCAGCUUCAGCAAGCCAAUGCUCCUAUUGUCAUUGUGGGAAUGCUCAAAAGAUUUGGAUGCACAUUUCUAGUUGCAAAGGAGUUCAAUGUCCACUUCUACUUUGCCAGCCACUGAGGAAAUUGUGGGGGCACUAUUGUUGCUGUAGUGACCAAGCUUGUCUUAUUUGUGGUUGUGUUCGCCGGGUUACAUUUCUACAUAAGGCAUCUUUCAACCUGCCAUCAAAUUCUCGGAAGGUGGAUAUCACAAGGAGCAGUAAACAGAAUAUAAAAUCUGAGCCUUUGGGGGAUGUGCAAUAUCCACUAAAAAGAAAUAGGGUGCAUUCUUCAACAGCCCAAUACUUGCCAGAGCCCGUGUCAGAUCCUGAGCAAGAAAAACCCAGUGUUCAAAUUGGUGAGCCUGCUUUUGUAGGACUUGUGGAUAGUUCCUUGACUUCUGCUAAUGGAAAUCCAGGGAGCCAAAUGGAAAAUGGAAUAGAUCCCACAUGGCAUGGUCACAAGAUUCCGAGCUUUCAGCUUCCAGAGGAUCUGCAGUCUCCAAUGAAAAGAAUGAAGGUCGAGCACUCCUCAACAAAAUAUAUUUCGUUAGAACCUUUAACCCCAACAUCAGAGGUUUGUGAUCUAGGGCAAGUAAAAGCAAGUGGUCAAGUCAAAGAGCCUGUUGUUGAUCAAGAUGAGGAUACAUCUAUGAAGAUGGGAAGUUCAUUGACUUUUUCUCAUGAGAAUCCUGGGAGCAAAAUGGAAAAUGGUCUGGAGCACACUUCUCAGAUGAAAGGUGGUGUUUCUUUCACUUCCUCAGGUGAAUUAGCAUCCCAAGUCACCAAUGAAGAUUGCACUGAGGUCGACAAAUGCAGGAUGGAAGUGAACCAGAAAUCUCUUGUCUUACGAGCUGUUCAUGAAGAAGGAACUGCACAAGGGAAGCAAAAGAUAAGAGGUGCUUCUUUGCUUGAGUAUUUCACCCAAGAGCAAAUUAGGAUUCAUAUCAAAGCUCUCAGACAGUUUAUUGGUCUGACGAAAGCAAAGGCAGAACAAUGUCAAGCAAUGCAGAGUUCUUCAAAUCAAAGUUCUUGCCAGUUGUGUUGUAUGGGGAAGCUCUCUUUUGCACCUGAUGUGUAUUGCAAUCUAUGUGGACUUCAUGUCAAGAGAGAUGCUAUAUAUUAUACCACGAGCAAGGGGAAGAAACCGUCUUAUUUUUGUCCCAAAUGCUUCCAUGGAGCACGUGGAGAGUGUAUUGAAGUUGAGGGAUGCAAGGUUCCCAAGUCAAGUCUUGAUAAGAAAAAUAAUGUUUGUGAAAUUGAUGAAGAGUGGGUUCAGUGCGAUGGAUGUAAAUCCUGGAACCAUCAGAUAUGUGCCCUUUUUAAUAAGAGAAAAAAUGAUUCACGGCAAGCCGAAUACACCUGUCCUUACUGCUACUUGAAGCAAGUCGAGGGAGGUGAGAGAAAACCUUUACCUCAAAGUACUCUUCGCAGUGCAAAAGAUUUGCCGACAACAAUCCUUAGUGAUCACUUGGAGCAAAGGCUGUUUAGGCGGCUUAAGUGGGAGAGAGAAGAGAGAGCAAGAAUAUUGGGCAAGAAUUUUGAUGAGGUUCCAGGGGCAGAAGAUCUUGUAAUUAGAGUUGUCUCCUCCGUUGACAAGAAAUUGCAAGUGAACCAACAAUUUCUGGAGAUCAUUAAAGAUAAUAGUUACCCAACUGAAUUUCCAUACAAGUCAAAGGUCAUAUUGUUGUUUCAAAAAAUUGAAAGCAUAGAUGUUUGCCUCUUUUGUGUCUAUGUCCAAGAAUAUGGUUCAGAAUGUCCGUAUCCAAAUAAUCGUCGUGUCUGUAUUUCAUACCUUGACUCUGUCAAGUACUUCCAGCCUAAUAUUAAGGCUACUACAGAGGAGCCUCUUCGUACUUUCGUGUAUCAAGAAAUUUUGGUUGGAUAUCUUGAGUACUGCAAAAGUAGAGGUUUUGUGAGCUGUUCUAUAUGGGCCUGCCCUCCUCGGAAAGGCGAUGAUUAUAUCCUGUAUUGUCACCCAGAGAUACAAAAGUCACCGAAGUUGGAUAGGCUACGUCAGUGGUAUCUUGACAUGAUAUUGAAGGCCACAAAUGACAAUAUUGUGGUGGAGAAUACAAAUAUGUAUGAGCAAUUCUUUUUGUGUUCUGGUGAAAAGAAGGCGAAGGUGACCAUGAGCCGUGUGCCAUAUUUUGAGGGCGAUUACUUUACUAGAGAGGCAGAGUAUAUUAUUGCUAAUAUUCUUAAAGAAGAAGAUAGUAAAAGACUACGAAAGAGUGGAAAAAGACCAACUUCAAAAGUGGCUCCAGAAACUCAAACACAAGCUGCAGUUGCAAAUGAUGCUUCAAAGGAAGCGCUAGUUAUGCAGAAACUUGGAGUCUCCAUUUGUAAAACUAGGAGUGAUUUCAUCUUGAUCCACAUGCAGUGUGCGUGCACCCACUGUGGUCAAUUUGUACUAUCUGGGAAGCUCUGGGUCUGCAACCCGUGCAAAAAUAUUUGUCUUUGUGAGAAUUGUUAUGAUGCUGAAAGAAAACUUGCUGAAAAGGAUCGUCAUCCUAGUAACAAAAGGGGGGCACAUGCCCUUUCUCUGGUUGAGGUGGAUGAUGUUCCUUUAGACACCAAGGAUAGGGAUGAGAUUUUGGAAUCUGAUGUUUUUCAUACACAACAAACUUUCUUAUGCUUCUGUGUAGACAAUCAUUUUCAGUUUGAUACCCUACGCCGUGCAAAGCAUUCCUCCAUGAUGAUUCUCGACUAUCUGCACAAUCCAAUGGCUCCUGUUUCAAUCUCAAAAUGCAACAUAUGCAAUCUUGACAUUGAGGAAGGCAAGGGCUGGCAUUGUGAGACGCUCAAGGAUUACGCCAUAUGUGAGAAAUGUUUCCAAAGAGAUGGUGGUGAGAAUCACUGUCAUCAACUGAAGGGUCGACUAUCUGUUGCCAAGAAUGAAGUGGGACAUAAGGAGCAGGAUCUUCUUCGACAUAGUGCGAGAUGCAGGGUUGACCAAUGCCAAUAUUCCAAUUGUGUUAAAUUCAAAGAACUUUUCCGCAAUCAUGCUAACUCUAGCCGAUGCAAAGUCCGUAAAAAAGGAGGUUGUCUUGAUUGUUUGAAGAUGUGGCGGAUCCUAGGAACCCAUGCUCGGGGUUGCAGGGAAUCUGGUUGUGAUCUCCCCAGAUGCAGAGAUCUGAAAGAGUUUAUUAGAUCAAAAGAUCAACAAUCUGAGUCUCAGGGAAGAUCUACUGUGAUGGAAAUGACGAGUAAUCAGGCUUCUUUAAACUAAAGUGGAUAAAAGCAAUAAGAUCACCACAUUGGACUGACAUUCUUUCCCCGGAACAAUUCACCGGUUGAUGAAAUAAUUUGAAGGAUCACGCUUCAAAUGGGCAAAUCAACAAUUGUGAAUAAUUUAAAUUUUUAUUUUUGGUGGUCCGAGUUCAUUGGCAAUUGUGCAAUUUUGUUAUUUUGGAAACUGCCAUGUAAAUAUUUGUUCCAUCUCAUCAAGGUAUAACUCUACAAUUUUGAGUUGCAUACUUUGUCA